AAGGAUCAUUCUACUAUUUGCAACCAUACAUUAAACAUCAUCAAAAUCAUAAUUAUUUUAAAAAUUUGUGAGAAAAAAUGAUGAAAACAAAUUUCAUUUUGGUGGCCACCGCCAUAAUUAUGGUCAUUUCAUUGGUUACAGUCAAUGCUGCCAAUGGAGAACAAAAAAUGAAAGAAAGACAAAAAAAAUUACUCGAUGAAGCUAAUGAUAUGGUGAAAAAAGCAAAUGACUGUUGGAAUGAAAAGGGUAAAGGCAAAUUUGAUGAAACAACAUCAACAUAUAAAGAAUAUUAUUUGCGAGUAAUGGAAAUUUCGAAAUAUGUUUACGAUAUUGAAAAAACAACUGAUGACAAAUAUCUUGAUAUUUAUGAGAAAGAUAUGCAUAAUGAUGAGGAUAUAUUACGUGGUCGAAUGUCUGAUUUAGGCUGUUCAACCGGUGGUGGUACUAUUGCAAUCAAUCUCAACACAAUGACCGCUAUGAUUGCCAUUUGUAUGAUGAUGGUAAUGAAUUUUGUAUUUUAAUUCUGAACAGAAAUAUCUUGAAACUUUAAAACUGAAAAUUAAAAUAAAAUUUGAAAAAUUUCCUUUAUCUUUUA